GGCACUCGGUCCGACCCCAUCGGUCAAGAGUAGCUACAACGGAGAGGAGUAGCUAUCCAUUAAGCAACAGACUGAUGAUGUGCCAGAGUGCCAGUGAGAUGUGGUCACGGUGGAGUGCCAUGCUAGUGUGGAUUUUCCUUCUCCUCUGUUGCUCUGCAGAUGUAGUCAGCACCAUCAUCUACCAGGUGACCGAGGAGCAGCCGCCUAACACACUGAUUGGCAGCUUGGCAUCUGACCAGGGCUUGCCAGACACCGGUCACCUUUACAAACUCGAGGUGGGCGCUCCUUUCCUCCGUGUGGAUGGAAAAACAGGGGACAUCUACACUACGGAGAUCCCGAUCGAUCGUGAGACUCUCAAGGACUGUCGCAACCUUUUUGAGGGCGAUCCUUGUUUCCUAGAAUUUGAGGUGUCUAUUACAGACCUAAUGAAAGGAACAGGACCUCGGCUCAUUGAAGGCCGCAUCGAGAUCUUGGAUGAGAACGACAACACUCCACAGUUCUCUUCACCUGUCUUGACAUUGUCGAUCCCGGAGAACACGCACGUGGGUGUGCUUUUCGCAAUUCCUGUGGCCACCGACAGGGAUUCUGGAAGCAAUGGCAUUGCCGAUUACGCGCUAACGACUGGCCCUGAAGCUGCCAACCUUUUCAGCCUGCAGGUGGCGCAAGACUCAGAUGAGAAAUUGCCACAACUCAUUGUUUUGGGAAACCUGGAUAGAGAGCAGCGAGAUUCAUAUGACCUCAACAUAAAAGUGGUUGAUGGUGGCUCUCCACCCCGCCAGAGUAGCGCCCUGCUCAGGAUCACCAUUACAGAUGCCAAUGACAAUGUGCCCAAAUUUGAGAAGUCACACUACGAGGGUGAGCUCCCAGAAAACAGCCCAGUGGGUCAUUCUGUUCUACAAGUGAAGGCCAAUGACUCUGAUAUGGGACCCAAUGGAGAGGUGACCUACAGCCUCCACCAGGCAUCACCAACUGUUCAGAGGCUCCUCAGCAUUGACCGCAACACGGGCACCAUUUUCGUCAAAGGCUUGGUGGAUCGUGAAGAGAUUAGCAUGCUCAAGUUCUACGUCCAAGCUAAAGACAAUGGUCCACAAUCAAAGAGCUCCAAAGCCCUUGUGACUAUUACAGUGAAGGACCAGAAUGACAAUGCACCCUCCAUCAGGAUCCGGGGCAUUGGCCUUGUGACUCAUGAAGAUGGUGUCGCUAACAUAUCGGAGGACAUGCCUGUAGGCACAGCUGUGGCUCUGGUGGAGGUAUCAGAUCAUGAUGAAGGUGAAAAUGCAGUUGUGACCUGUGUGGUCGCAGGGGAUGUCCCAUUCCAGCUGCGACCAGCUAGCGAAACAGGCAACGACCGCAAGAGGAAGUACUUCCUCCAGACAACCAUGCUACUGGACUAUGAACGGAUCAAAGACUACAGGAUUGAAAUUGUGGCAGUGGACUCUGGCAACCCUGCACUAUCCAGCACAAAUUCCCUGAAGGUGCAAGUGACAGACAUGAAUGACAACUCCCCAGUCUUCUCGCCUUCUUUGUACGAGGUAGAAUUUGCUGAGGAGAACCAGCCAGGUGACAAGGUUCUGGAUGUGGUAGCCACAGAUGCCGACAGCGGGACUAAUGCGGAGCUGACAUACAGUAUCACUGGUGGAUCAGUCCCUGAGGGGCUCUUUGAAAUUAACCCUAACACAGGAGAAGUGCGUGUCAUGAGCCAGUUGGACCGUGAACAAUUAAAUCACUAUCAAUUUCUAGUGGCAGCAGCUGAUAAAGGUGUACCAAGCUUAAGAGGAACUGCCACUGUUGUUGUUAAGGUGCUCGACAGGAAUGACAAUGACCCUAAAUUUAUGCUUAAUGGUUACAGCUUUUCAGUCCAAGAAAACAUGCCGCCCCUUAGUCCUGUUGGAAUGGUAACAGUCAAUGAUCGCGACGAGGGCGAGAAUGCUCGUGUUCAACUUUCUGUAGAACCAGACAAUGGCAAGUUUAUGAUUCAAAAUGGAACGUACACUAUACUUUCGACUAUUUCCUUUGACAGGGAAAAGGAGAGCACCUACAGUUUCCGACUUAAAGCCGUUGACGGAGGUGAUCCACCACGUUCUUCCUACGUUGGCAUUACCAUUAAUGUUCUUGAUGAGAAUGACAAUGCUCCAUACGUCACCAAGCCCUCAAACUCUUCAUACAAGUUCUUGGAUCCCCGCACCAGCCCAGAAACCCAUGUAGAAAGUGUUGAGGCAGAGGACAUUGACAUCGGUUUAAAUUCAGAGCUGGAUUUCAGUAUAGUAGGGGGCAACCCGCAUGGAUUGUUCCGCAUCUCUUUAGAAGGUGAGAUUACGUUGGCUAAAGAGUUCACAUCCAAACACAUUGGUCUCCACCGUCUGGUAGUAAAAGUUAAGGACAAAGGCAUGCCACCACGCCAUACGACUGCACUGGUUCACAUCUAUGUCAAUGAGACCAUCGGCAAUGUCUCCCACAUCGAAGGACUUGUUGGACACAGUCUUUAUACGCCACUUGAAAUGGACAUUGCAGGAGAUCCUGAUUAUUCUCGAGACCCGCAUAGUAACAUUAUUUUUGCAGUCUUGGGUGGCUUUUGUGUGGUCAUUCUAAUCAUUGCAGUGGCUAUGAUCAUCAGGCAUGUCGUGCUAAAGGAGAAUAAAAGUGGCUACCAGGCAGGCAAGAAGGAGACCAAAGACCUCUAUGCCCCCAAACCAGGACCUAAGAGCAACAAGAACAAGAAGAUAAAGAAAAGCAAAGCUCCAAAGCCUACCAACCCAUCUGAAGAGGAUGAGGGGGGGAGUCUUCAGAAAGGCCUAAAGUUCAGCCUCAUGAAUGAUAGCGUCAACGAUAGCCCUAGGAUUCACCUGCCGCUCAACUACCCCCCUGGGAGCCCAGACCUAGGGAGACACUACCGGUCUAAUUCUCCUCUGCCAUCCAUUCAGCUCCAACCUCAGUCACCUUCUGCCUCAAAGAAACAUCAGGCAGUGCAGGACCUGCCAGCAACCAACACCUUUGUAGGAACCGGGGACAACAACUCAACAGGCUCAGACCAGUAUUCGGAUUACAGCUACAAGGCCAACUCUUCAAAAUAUAGCACCAAACAGCUCCCGCAUCGCAGAGUGACCUUCUCCACAGCCAAUCAGGGACAAGAUCUGCAGGAUCCCUCUCAGCACAGUUACUAUGACAGCGGUCUGGAAGAGUCAGAGACACCCAGCAGUAAGAGUUCUUCAGGACCCCGUAUCGGGCCCCUCGCCCUACCUGAAGACCACUAUGAACGCACCACCCCAGACGGCAGCAUCGGAGAGAUGGAACACCCUGAGAACGAUCUGAGGCCUCUACCUGACGUGGCCAUGACGGGAAAAUGCACACACGAGUGUACGGAAUACGGCCACUCGGAUUCCUGCUGGAUGCCUGGACAGCCCUCACCCAACCGCGCCAAGAGUGCAAAGAGUGGGCCCAAGCUCUCCACCUUCGUGCCUUACCAGGAGAGGGAGGAUCAGGAGCACCUGAUGGCUGACAGCAGCUCUAAGCUUCACAGAGAGGAGCGGAGCGGAGGUGGGAGCAACAAAGUGGCCAGCGUUCGCUUUUUGCCUCCCUACACUAGUGCCUAUUCUACAGGUGGCGACUCCAGCAAGGACUGCCCCCGGGAGGAGAUCCCCCUGAGUCAGACAGCCGAUUACGCCCCUGCCACUACACCCUCCAGCCAAGGCUCCAAAAGAGAAAUCUACCUGUGAUUCACCUGUCAUCCGCCUAUGUUUGAUUCCACAUUUGAUCCAAUAUACUUGUGAUCAGCAAUGCCUGUGAGAGGAUAAAUGGCCUCAUUGUCAAAACACCUGCUAAUCCUACCACACCACCAGACCCCGAUUUACUCAGACGUCUCGAUGUGCAUCUCCAAUCCCCUCAGCCAUAAGCCUAAUGGUUGACACAAAACAGCUAGAGACCUUCUUUAAAACCCUCUGGGUUUUAUACAACCCUGUGCAUUGUUAGAGGCUCUGGAAGCCGAAUAGAUAUGAAAAGAAUAAUCAGAAAAAAAGAGAAAAUCAUUUUGUGAAUAUGAAAUGAAGUACACAAUCCCCAUGUAAACUUCUAAUGAAAGAAUGUAAGGACAAUUUUUAAGUGAACUUUGUGAUGAUUUAAUGUCAAGGUUAUAUUCCUAUUUGAAUCUGAUUUGUUCACUGAUUUUUGUUUGUUUUUUAUUAUAUAUAUAUGUAUUACUAUUAUGAUCAGACUGUAGUUAUGCUUACCUAAAACAUAUAUACAUCCAAAUAGUACUCUUUUUUUCUUCUGUGUGUAACUACUAAGAACACGAGCCAGAAGAACUGGUGAACCAAAUACUGGCAAUCCAAGAGGGACAUGCAUUCUCAACAUGUAUACUUUACUGAGGAGAAAUAUUCACCUUUCUUUAAGCACUGAAGGGUAACUGUUUCUUACAUUUGUCUUUUUUUCAUAGGAAUCUCUUUUUUAAUGUACAGUGAUGUAAAUACUACACGUCUGAUGGAACAGUUUUGAUUUAUGAUUUAGCUGUACAGACCCUCGAAGCCACGGCUUCCUUCUGUUGAUGAAAGUAGAAGGGACAUUGCUCAGAGGAUUUGCCUCCCUGUCAGUAAAAGAAGGACAACAGUUUUGGACCAUGGAAUGCUAAAGAUAAUCCACAGUAUGAGCCUCUGCCGUCUAAGUACUUGGGACUUGAGCGAACAUGGAAUUUGGGGCAAAAUCCAAGGGAAACAAAUGAAUUAAAGCAGGUUUGCAUGAUGCCAUUUGUCAUUUUGGACAAAUUUGACAGGCUUCAUCAGUUCCCAGAGGAAGCUCUCCCAGUGACUUUUCCUCUGUAAUACUCGCUUACUUCUUCAGUAGACUAUCCAAAUGUAGCUGAGGCUUGAGGUGAGUUGCCCUUUGGAAGAGCUUUGUUCAACCCAUCCCAUCCGUAAGGAGGAGCAACAACUUUCACAGUACAAAAUCAAAAAAAUGAACUGUCCAUGUGCUGUGCAAUAGGCUACUUGUUUCCGGACAUGUCAAACUCUGUUGUGUAGAUGUGUGGUUUUGUCAGAGAUUUUGGCUCUGCUCUGUGGUGGGUUUGAACUGGUCAAAAUGAACGCUCACAAGAAGUAGACGGGUUCAAAAAUCGUGACAGCAGUCAUUCUCUCGUGUUUGACAUUAAAGUUGUAUUCAACAAAUCCAGUAUAUUCUAAAACAUCUGAGAUUCUGUUUGAAGUGUGCUUUGAACGUAUGACAUAAGACUCCUGCAGCGAGCUUAGAAACGCCUAAAUCUCGCUAACCUAUUACCGCAAAGUCACACUGGCGCUCGCCUAACCGGGUCACUUUUGAUGGAAAUUCUAAUUUCCCCAAAUGAAAGCGAGAUCUUUCAGAAAGAGUUUACAGGAAGUUAAUUUAAGGCCAUUAUUAAUUUUGGCUGACGGUAACAGGGAUUGCAUCAUUUGGGAUGCAGGUCAGCAAAAGCUAUAAUGAGUAUUCAAGGCCCGAGCG